AUCAUGGCGGCUGCAUUCUCAGCUUGGGGGUCAAAAAUACGUGAAGAUCUGUCCUGCAGCAUCUGCCUGGAGCUGUUCACCAGGCCCAAGGUGCUGCCCUGUCAGCACACCUUCUGUCAGGACUGUCUACAGGACCAUGCAGGGAAGGGAGGGACCUUCCAGUGCCCAAACUGUCGUCAGAAGGUCCGGCUGUCACCCAAGGGGGUCGCAGGUUUGCCUGACAAUCGCCUGGUCACAAGUCUGUGUGAGAAAGUCCAACAGCAAGUUACACUGUCAGGGGAAACAACUGAACUACGUCAACCUCAAAACAGGUGCGGCUUUCAUUCCUCUGAGAAAUUAAAGCUCUAUUGUAAACCAUGUCGUGUGCCUAUCUGUGAACUGUGUCUAGAAGAAACUCAUGAUGACCAUCUCACGACAACCAUCAAAAAAGCUGCACAGGAAAGGAGCUCUACAGUCCAGGCUUUGAUCAAUGAGGGGAGGAACAUUCUGGAAAGUUACUGUGGUUUUGUCAGAGAUUUGGGAGAAGAGGAGACAAGCCUGAAUGAAACGAUACAAGCAACAAAAAAUGGCAUCGUUCAGGCCUACAACCAAAUGGUGCAGAAACUCGCAGAGCAAAAAGACCAGCUCUUAGCUGAAGCAGAACAGAACAAAAGCAAGAACUUGGAAAGCAUAGAUAAUGUUAGAGAGGGAGUGUUGGCAGAUGUCAGCGAACUGUCCGCUGCCUGUGAUCGAGCAGAACAAGACAUGGAGCAGGGAGGGCUUGCAUUACUUAGUCAAGAGACUAUUUUGACAGGGGUGGUAGGAAAGUACAGAGGAAAAGCGGCACCAACUCCCGUACAAACCCAGCCUGCUGUCUUUCAGCCCACAGACACCCCCGUGCCAGUAUUGGGACAUGUGACGGUCCAACCUAUCCCAUCUGCAUCAAUCCCAGCAGCACCUGCAGCAAGGGGAACAGGUCAUCACCAUGGUAACCAAAAUCAAUCAUCCCAGUCUCUCUCAUCUGCACCAAUCCCAGCAGCACUUGCAGCUAGGGGCACAGGUCAUCACCAUGGUAACCAAAAUCAAUCCUUCUCGUCUCUCCCUUCUGCACCAAUCCCAGCAGCACCUGCAGCAAGAGGCACAGGUCAUCACCAUGGUAACCAAAAUCAAUCCUCCCAGUCUCCCCCAUCUGCAUCAAUCCCAGCAGCACCUGCAGCUAGGGGCACAGGUCAUCACCAUGGUAACCAAUAUCAGAGGAUAACAUUUGGUGGUCAGGGAUCUGGAAUGGGACAGUUCAAUGGUCCAAGUGGUGUAACAGUUUCAGCUGAAGGGGAGAUCUUUGUAGUUGAUGCUGGGAACAAGAGAAUCCAAGUCUUCACCCUGCAGGGAACAUUUGUCCGCCAGUUCCCAACAGUCGUGCCGGGCGAACAGAGGAUGAAGCCACAUGAUGUGGCCUUGGACGGGGAGGGAAAUGUGUGGGUGGUGGGAAACAUGUACAACAGGUUUGCUGUGAUAUACAACAAACAAGGCAGGGGGCUGAGGAAGUUAGACCUACCUUGGGCAAAUUGGCAGAGAGAAUCUGCAGUAUGUGCUAACACCAGGAGGAACAACAUCCUCAUUGCACAAACCAAAGGAGAAUGGGGCAACCUACGUGGGGAAGUGUUAGUGUUCAAUACUGAUGGCACACUCGUGAGAACUGUGGGUCAGCAGCAUGGGAUGAAGUAUCCACGGUACAUCACCGUGGAUGAGAAAGGGAGGAUUCUUGUGUCCGAUUGUGGCAAGCACUGUGUUUUUGUGUACAACGAGGAUGGACAACUCUUUUUCCAGUUUGGCGGCGAGGGGAGUGGUAAAGGCCGGUUGUACAACCCCCAAGGCAUCUGUACAGACAGGGCAGGUAACAUCAUGGUGGCAGACAGUGGGAACAGCUGUGUGCUGCUGUAUGACCAGACAGGCAGAUUCAUCAGACACGUCAGGACUAACAUGGAGGGAGCACGGACUGUUGCUAUAGCAACACAGGGUCAGCUGGUGGUGACCUUUUGGAACCACACAGUUUCUGUUCUUCAGAUCUACUGAGUUAGAGUCAGUGUGGUGAAACUUGA